AUGCACCCCUUCUCGAUCCUCACAGCGGGAAUAUUCGUAGCCGGCUACUCCACGGCCAGGUGGGAUCUUGUCACCCGGCUAUAUGAACUAGCAAUAUUCGCUUGGGACCACGGAGUUGUAACACGCGCCGCCAAAGGUUUCGCCAUUCUCUCCGUCUUCUUCUUCCUCUUCAUCCUGCCCAUAGAACGUCUCGCCUCGCGGGAAAUCGACCUAGUCACUCAAACGCCGGGGCUCGUUCUAGGGGAGCGCUAUGUUGAUAUGGUUACAAAUAAUGGGCUGAUGCGGAUAUUCUGGCCGUCAGAUGCGCCUACCACACCAGCCUCCGGCGUUCUCGUGGGUUGGAGAAACUCCGAGUUGGAUGUCUUUGUGGUAGCAAUUCUGCAAGAUGUCGAACUCAGGAGUGUGGAGCAUGCCUUGCGUAUGGGAAUCCUCUAUCGAAACAGCCCGCAUCCAAUCAGCCAUAUCUUCGACAGGUGUGGACAAUCGACCUUGCAAGUCCUUGGAACAAUCAACCCCCAGUCACCUCCCGCCAGCUUCAACGCAGCUUUAUUAGUCGCAUUCAACGAUUCCUCGUCCCGCUUCCCUCGACUAUUCUGCCCCAACGACUGCGACAUCACUCUUCAAUUCAUUCUAUACUGCCGCCCCCACCCGACUCGCAUGCAAUACCUGUCAUUGAAGCAAAUAUCGCUAGCUUUGGGAGAUAAACCAGAACAGGUGGGAAAAUGGGAUCCUGCUUUCGAAGGAGUAGAGGCGCGGGAAGAGGAGGAACGACAGCGAAAAAAAAAACUAGUCGAAAAGCUGCGGCUGCAUAGCGUCGUUAUCCACCCACCGUCACAGAAGGAAUUGUCACUGCCGACGAUCAUCGAUCAGGUCAAUUGCUCUUUCGAGCUAAACGCUCUUCUCCAGAAAAACGUAGGCCUCAUCGGUACCCGGGCCCGACGAGCCUUGAGCGUCAGCGAAACAGUUGUGAAAUCAGCCAAUGAUCUGUGGGACUAUGUUCUCAUGGGGUUCUGGUACGUCGCCGCGGUCUGGCUAUACCCCUUGAUUGCCAAGCUCUUCAUAUUGGGGCUUAUUGCACAUCGUGUGGCUGGUGAGGUGAUAAUGCGCGUUCUCGAAUGGCGGCUGUCUCCAGAUUCUGCUGCUUUGAAGGACUUGUCGGCAACGGCGCAGCAAGUCGACAUCCGUCUACAACAAUUCUGUUACUGGCCAAUUCAAUAUCUGACGCUACGAAAAAGGAAAGGCAACUGGGAAAGCAUUACCAACAGUCACCCCGAGUACAUUCGCUUUUACAACAGCUUAUGGCUUGUUGCAAACGACGUGAUCAUCGGGAUCGCAUUGGGCUCCUACAUCAUUGAGAAUCACGUCUAUGUGGCGUCGCAGGUGGACAAGAUCUUCACAACGUGGUCGAUCGAAGGACUACGUCGAACUAUUUCUUGGCUCAUGGAGUGGCCAGGUGGACUGAAACUGAACAACCAACUGGCAGAAUUCCUCGGAGACCUCUUCUUAUGGGUUAUUGACCAUUGGUCUGCCUCCAUGACCUUGCUAAGACCGUUUCUCCCUGCAGUCAUCCACUUCAUCGGUUUCUCCAGCUUUGCCGGGGCCACGAUGCCGAUAUCCUUGUUCUCGGAUCUUGUCUCCCUGUUGACCCUGCACAUCUACUCGUUCUACAUCGCCUCUGCCCGAAUAUUCAAUUGGCAACUCACCAUCAUUUUCUCACUCUUCCACCUCUUUCGAGGCAAAAAACGCAACGUUCUGCGCAAUCGAAUCGACUCGUGUGACUAUGAUCUGGACCAGCUUCUGCUCGGUACCAUCCUUUUCACACUCUUGUUCUUUCUACUACCUACCGUCUGUGUCUUCUACUUGACAUUUACGUCUGCUAGAAUGGCUAUAAUAUCCUUGAAAGCCACGCUGGAUACUAUGCUUGCAUGUUUGAACCACUUCCCACUAUUUGCAUUGAUGCUUCGCAUCAAGGACUCCCGGCGUUUACCAGGCGGCAUCCGUUUCGACCUCCAAGAUACCCGUUCCGCAAGUUUACCGGAACAAAACCUCUCCGCGCCCACCUCUUACAUUGUCCUAAAGUCAAUUCCGCUACCCUUAACCGCCAUGUUCAACGAGUACUUCGAACUCAGCAACCGCCUUCAGAAGCACUAUCUCUGCCUUGGCGUCUUCCUCUGCCUCGUCACCGGCCGAUUUGUGCCGCCGAUCCACCGGAAAAACCUCUACAGUCUUCAGUACAGCAUGCUGCCAGCGAGACGUGCUGGUAUCGUCGAAUUGUGGACGAAACUCACAGACAAUGUCAACGCGUCGAAGCCAGCAGCUCCGGGCAUGAACGGGUUCUCGAACAAGAAGUGGCCGAAUGGCAAUAUAAAAAGAGGUGGUCCUGGCUCAAGCACGAUUUGGGCUGCCAGGCAAAGGAAUGGUGGUAUUGGGUGA